GAACUAAUUGUGAUGAAGAUAUCGACGAAUGUACGGUAUCAGCUAACUGUGUACAUGGGACUUGUACUAACACUGUUGGGGGAUUCUCGUGUGAUUGUGGCGACAGCGGAUAUUCUGGAACUCAUUGUGAUGAAGAUAUCGACGAAUGUGCAGUAUCAGCUAAUUGUGUACAUGGGACUUGUACUAACACUGAUGGGGGAUUCUCGUGUGAUUGUGGCGACAGCGGAUAUUCUGGAACAAAUUGUGAUGAAGAUAUCAACGAAUGUGCAGUAUCAGCUAAUUGUGUACAUGGGACUUGUACUAACACUGACGGGGGAUUCUCGUGUGAUUGUGGCGACAGCGGAUAUUCUGGAACUAAUUGUGAUGAAGAUAUAGACGAAUGCACCGUAUCAGCUAAUUGUGUACAUGGAACUUGUUCUAACACUGAUGGGGGAUUCUCGUGUGA